AUGGGCUGCACCUCCGCCAUCGUCUUCACCUGCUUCGGCGCCGCAUACGGUACCGCAAAGUCAGGUGUCGGUAUCUCAGCUAUGGGUGUCCUGCGUCCCGAUCUUAUCGUCAAGAACAUCGUCCCCGUUAUCAUGGCGGGUAUCAUUGGUAUCUACGGCCUCGUCGUGUCCGUCCUGAUCUCCGACAACCUCUCACAACAGCUCUCCCUGUUCACGUCAUUCAUCCAAUUAGGCGCCGGACUGAGUGUCGGCCUGGCUGGUCUGGCAGCCGGCUUCGCCAUUGGCAUUGUUGGCGACGCUGGUGUGCGCGGCACUGCUCAGCAGCCCCGUCUCUUCGUCGGAAUGAUUCUCAUUCUCAUUUUCGCUGAAGUCCUGGGUCUGUACGGCUUGAUUGUCGCUCUCCUCAUGAACUCGAAGGCCCAGACCGACGUUAAGUGCUAA